GUUCACCUUUCCUUUUUUUUUGCAUUUUUUUUUUGUAUUUUUUUCAUGACCAGCCUGCCGUCAUUUCCUUCACCAUGUAUAGCACCAGACAACACUGGCCAAAACGCAUAUCUGUUUGGUUCGCCUUCUAUAGGGGUUCUGGAAGCGUAUUCUCUCGACUUGGCUGACCCUUUAAUACCCAAAGCGAAACCCAUCUCAUCCACCAGAUCAAAUAGUAAUACUGCAGGCUCAGUGCCAAUGUGGGACUCUCGACACAGUCUAGGAUGCUACGCUUACCUUGGGGACUCGCCGACGAACAAUAGCCCCAUUACAAUUAUACAAUUUGGAUCAGGAAGCACAAUUCAAGCAUUGUUCUAUCCAAAUGGCACAUGGAUUUCAUCCAUUGAGUUUGUAGGAGCAGAAGCAGGAACAAGAACAGCAGCACAGGUGGAUUAUUUCAGUCCAAAGUUCUUCAGUAUGGUUGGAUCAACCAAUGGCUGGAGUCGGUUCUUGGCAAGGACUCUUUCUGAGGGCACCGCUGCUACAUUCUCAUGGCGCGAUAUCCGGGUUGGAAAUACAGUACAAGCAGGAUCUCAAGAUUUGACACUGGUGGGCUCAGAGUCUUCACAUCUGCUGUUGACAGUAGGAGCGAUUGUCCAAGACAGAAAUAAUCUUAGCAAUGGUCUGCUCUUCACUUUUGACCAGUCAGGAUCUACAGGAACAGUCUAUCAAGCGAUGGGCAAUAUCCGCCCGGAUCAUAAUAUCACUUCAACAGAGCUUCCCGUGGACCUGAAAAGGAUUAAUACAGUCGAUUUAGGCAGCAUACGUCUGACGAGUGAAGCAGUACCUCUCACUUCUGCAUUUGCAGCGUUCAUUGUUGAUAGAGGUCGCAAUGGCACUGUAUUGAUAUACUCGAUUGAUCCCCGCUCAUCAACGUACAGACUUGUAGAGUCGUCUGCUAAUAGUAUGGCUCCCCUCUUCCUUUCCAACCAAUCCAUCGCAAGCCUGAACAGUAAGAUCAUAAUAUAUGGAGGAAUCGCACGCGAUGAUAGUGGCAGCGUCACCAUCACCAAAUCGGUCCAUGUGUUUGAUGUCAUUUCAGGGACUUGGUCCGGCCCCUCUCUCAUUGAUCCUUCCACGGCAGCUGGUACUGAUGGCCACAAAAAACUAGGAAGGUUAAGCGGAGCUAUAAUUGGAGGAACCGUUGCAGGAGUAGCUAUUUUAAUAGUUGUCUGUUUUGUCGUUUGGCGGAUGUGGGGGCGUAAAGUUCUAACAGACAACAAAGCAGAGGAGACUCUUCGGAAAAACAAACAGGACCUUGAUAUUACGGACAAUAAAAACAGAGAUGCUAUGGCCAAGAUGCUAAACAUGGAAAGGAAAUCACAAUCCACGACGAAAAACAAAAAAACUACGCAACGACCUCGAAAUCCUCGCCACAAUGAGAGCUCUGCAACCCUAAUGGAAAUACUCGAAACCACCCCCAAUACUCCCAAGAACCCCAGGCGACAGGGCAACAGCAUUAACGAAACUCGUAGCCAUCAGCGGACAGAUGGUCAUAGACAGUCUUCGCAUCGGCAUUCACGACCAGGGCGAGCAUCCAGGCAGGCGAGCACGUACUCUGUUCAGUCAAAGUCAAGUGUUGGUCACAUCUCUCUAUUCCCCGAGGCUUCGAGCAUAUACUUAGUAGAUUCUCCACCAAUGAUCCCACCACCAACACCUAUGAUCCCUUCAGCUUACACAACUAGCGCGGUGGAUGCUUGCCAGCAACAACAUCGGGAUCAUACAUAUGCCGGCGCCUCCUCAGUCACAUCGCCAGCGGCUACGAACAGUAGGAAGACCUUGGUUUACAAAAUGAACGUUCCGGACGAUUAUGAUGAUCGCCAGCCUCUACACCACCAAAAUUCCUUGUCAGAUGAGCAGCGAUCCUAUCAGAAAACACCUGUAACAACAGCUGCAUCUUCAGAUUCCCCUGCGAGUGCAGUAACUUCCUGGGAAGCAGGAGUAGAGCAAGAGUCUCGAUACCGCCCAUUCAACACGCCAUCCUCUGAGAACGUACGGCAGCUCGACUCGCGUAGUCACCAGUAUCCUCAUUCUACAUCUUAUUCAUCCUCUCCAGCCACCACUCCUAUGACCGUAAAAGGCGCUACUGCCCCAAACUCUUUGUCUUCAGGAAAAACAAAUGGAAUAUCGCAUAAAAAGAACGUGCGAGCUUAUUCGCGGCCAAAGACAGAUCUGGUGAAAGCCUCUACAAGUGAUGGAGAUCCGCACUUUAACUCUAGAGCAUUCAAGGUUGGAGACAAAGAUUCAAACUCCCCCCUUCAACAGUAUAGACAACAGAUACAACCCUCCUCCUCCCCACCCUCAGUAUUGAUGCAGAUUACAUCACCAGCUUCUACGAUAGGGGUCUCCGCAUCUUCAAGCUCUAGCUCUUCUCAUCAAGGAAAAUAUGCAGGGGCCAAUACACAAUUUACAGAAAGUUUCCCUAUGCCGCCGAAAUCCAGGAGCUCGAGGACGUCAACUAGUCCGAAGAGUCUUUCGCAGUCUUCUUUUUCCUCAUCGACUUCAUCAACUCGUAGACAACAACAUCGAAAGCCAUACCAAGCUGUGUCUGUAUCUCCACAGGCACCAAAACAACAACAGCAACAAUAUAUAGACUGGUACCAACAACAGCAAUAUAUCCAGUAUCAACAACAGAUGCGUGCAGCAGCAGAGGCAGACGGAUUCAUUCCCGAAAGCCCAAAAACUCCAAAAACUCCAAAGCUUGAUUCCCUUCCAAGGCCCAUUCCCCGGGAGUCUAAGAAGUGAACUGGAUUCUUGGAAAAAGAAAAAAGAAAAAUACGUGGAUACCCUAAUAAACAUGUACAUAGACAUACACGUUAAUAUAUAG